ACCUUGCCCUUAACCCAUGUGAAGACCUGUUGGAAACACCUUCUAGAACAAUAAUCAUUUUCAGUCUCCUAAUAAUUCUGCUGUGUCCAAGAAGAGCCUGUCCAAAUGAGCAAGACAUCCCAAAAGAACACCACUACAGAUGCGAAUGGAGUAAGCGUGAUUCACACCCAAGCACACACCAGUGGUUUGCAGCAGGUUCCCCAGCUGGUGCCUGUUAGUCCUGGUGGUGGAGGCAAAGCUGUGCCUCCGAGCAAACAAGGAAAGAAAAAUUCCUUUGUGGAUAGAAACAGUGAUGAGUAUCGUCAGCGCAGAGAGCGAAACAACAUGGCAGUGAAAAAGAGCCGGUUAAAAAGCAAGCAGAAAGCACAAGACACGCUGCAAAGGGUCAACCAGCUCAAAGAAGAAAAUGAACGUUUAGAGGCAAAAAUCAAGCUCCUGACCAAGGAGCUGAGCGUACUGAAAGACUUGUUCCUCGAGCACGCACACAACCUUGCAGACAAUGUGCAACCUGUUGGCACUGAAACCACCACAACAAAUCCAGAAAACAAUGGACAGUAGACACUGUUGCAACGUUAUGAAAUGAACUAAACUCUGGAGGUGCAGCUUGUCUGCAACGUCCAUGCAGUAACCAAGCA